AUGGAAGAAGACGGACGUAUUGAAGAAAAGGGCAGUGUUCCUACUCCAGAUAAUAUAGAAUCAUUUUAUAAAGAAUUGCAGAAUGUUAAGGAAGGUUUUGCAGAAAAAUAUACUUUUGAAGGUGCAGCGUUUAGUCUGCCAGGGGCGGUAGAUGAUGAAAAUGGUGUAAUCGGUGGUUUUAGUGCAGUAGAGUACAUCCAUAAUUUUAAGAUAAAAGAUGCACUUUCAGAAAAACUGUCUUUGCCAAUAUCUAUGGAAAACGAUGCUAAUUGUGCUGCAUUGGGUGAGGUGUGGUUAGGUGCAGCUAAGGAAUGUGAAGACGCAGUAUUUAUGGUAGUUGGCACAGGAAUUGGCGGAGCAGUAGUAAAAAAUAGAAAAGUACAUAAGGGAAAACAUCUGCAUGGCGGUGAAUUUGGCUACAUGCUGCUGGAUAGUGACAGUUAUCAGGUGUUGAGUGGCGCAGCAUCAACUAUUUCAAUGGCAAAGAAAAUUGCUGAAGAAAAAGGCUUGCCAGAAGAAAGCGUUAAUGGAAAAAUUGCUUUUGAAAUGCUGGAGCAGGGUGAUGAAGUAGCUAAGAAACAUAUUGAUAAAAUGUACGAAUAUAUAGCUCGUGGUAUCUUUAAUAUUCAGUAUGUUUACGACCCAGAAGUAGUGGUUAUCGGUGGCGGCAUAAGUGAACGCCCAGAUUUUGUAGAUAACAUCAAUAAGCAUUUAAAGGAUAUUAUAGCAGGUAUUGGAUUUGCUAAAGUUUAUCCUGAAGUUCGUCGUUGCCAGUUUGGUAAUGAUGCUAAUCUUAUAGGAGGGAAUAUGGUGAUUAAGUUGGAAAAUAAUGUUUUAUUAGGAAGCCUGGCAGCUUCUAUGUUAUUGGGAACAAAUGUAUUUGCUUCAUCCGCAGGAAUCCAUGUUGAUCAGGUUGGAUACCUUUCAAAAUAUGAUAAGGUAGCCAUGGUAUCAGGUGACAUGAAGGAAAAUGAAUUUUCUGUCAAGGAUGCAUGGACUGAUGAGGUAGUAUACAGUGGCGUAUUGACAGCACCAGCAGAUGAUGCUAUGUCAGGGGAGAAGGUACGUAAAGCAGAUUUUUCAGCUUUGAAAAAACCAGGUUUAUAUAAAAUAACAGUAGGUAACGAGGAAUCCUAUAACUUCCAGAUAGGUGAUAAUGUUUAUUAUAUACCUGCGUUACAGAACUGGCGUUCAUAUACCCUUACCAGAAGCGGAGAUUAUAUCAAGGAUGAUUUGACAGGCCUUGAAGUAAUGCAUGGUCAUCCACAGGAUAAAAGUGCUGUGAUGUUUUACUCUGAUGAUUACUAUGAAAAGGGUGAAACAAUGGAUAUGAGCGGUGGCUGGUAUGAUGCUGGCGAUUAUGGCAAAUAUACCACUACGGCAAUAGUUGCUGUGACUCAGAUGAUGAUGGCGUAUGAGGAACAUCCAGAAUUGAUUGCCAGUCUUGAAUUUUUUCCACCUGACAGCGUUAAAAAGGAUGCUGGUCUUCCAGAUGCCAUCAACGAGCUAAAAUACGAAUUGGACUUCAUGAAGAAGAUGCAGCGUAAAGAUGGCAGUGUGUUUCAUAAAGUUAGUGGCGCAAACUGGCUAAAGGGCGAAUACACACCAGAUACAGAUGCACAGACUCGUUAUAUCUAUGGUAACUCCAGUGCCUGCUCUGCUAUGUAUGGCGCAGCAAUGGCAAUGGCAGCCAGAGUGUUUGCAAACUAUGAUAAAGCAUACGCUGAUGAUUGUCAGGAGAGAGCCGAAAAGGUGUGGGCGUAUUUAGAACAGCACCCAGAUACUUAUUUUAGGUUGGACGAUAAGCAGGACAGCGGUUCAGGACCUUAUGAUGAUUACGAUGAUGCAAAUGAGCGUUGCUGGCUGGCUGCAGAACUUUUUAAGAACACUAGAAAUACAAAAUAUCAGCAGUAUCUUAUGGAUAAAAACGAUAUAAUGUGUUCAAAAUCAACUUUCUUUGUAUGGAAUGAUGCAAAAGCAUUAGCACAGUUUGCAUACAUAAUGGAUGAUGCAGCAGAUAGGGAAUAUAAAGCUAAGGUUAAGAAUGGUUUUAUGGAAUAUGCUGAUGAAGUUUUGCAGGAUAUUAAUAAAGACGGAUUUAACUGUUCAUUACUGAAAAAUGAGUAUGUAUGGGGUUCAUCAAAGAAUGCACUUUUAAAGGGUGCGGUACUUAUCAUGGCAAAUCAGAUUGAACCAAAGCCAGAAUAUGUUGAGGGAGCAUUGAGCCAGAUUCAUUAUACUUUUGGCAGAAACGUGUUGAAUAGAAGCUAUAUGACAGGUGUAGGCAGUAAUCCACCGCAGAAACAUCUGAGCUAUAUUCGUCAGAGUACAGGAGCGUAUAUUCCGGGAUUAUUAGUGGGAGGUCCAAACUGUUCCUUUGGUGAUGCAUUACAGCAGAAAAUGUUAAAAGAACAGAAUCCGCCACCAGCAAAAUGCUAUAUAGACAGCGGACUGUCUUAUUCGACUAAUGAAUACGCUAUUGAUUAUACCAGUGCUGCACUUUAUGAUUUAUCCUGGUUUAUCGCGAAGGAAAAAGUUGAAGCUAAAGAUUUGAAGCUGUAUGGACCUUAUGCUAAAAAGGAUAAGCGUGGCGUAUAA